UUGGCCAAAGUCUAGGCGCGCGACCGGGCUGUAGGCGGAACCUGGAAUCGUUAUAAAAGAAGCGGGCGUCCAGGCCCGUGCCGCUUUGCAGACGCCUCUAUCCUUCCUCUUAGUCGUUUGUUGCCAACCAUGGUCAACCCCACCGUGUUCUUCGAUAUCGCUGCCGACGGCGAGCCCUUGGGCCGCGUCUCUUUCGAGCUGUUUGCAGACAAAGUUCCAAAGACGGCAGAAAACUUUCGUGCUCUGAGCACUGGAGAGAAAGGAUUUGGUUAUAAGGGUUCCUGCUUUCACAGAAUUAUUCCAGGAUUUAUGUGCCAGGGUGGUGACUUCACGCGCCACAAUGGCACUGGCGGCAAGUCCAUCUACGGGGAGAAAUUUGAUGAUGAGAACUUCAUCCUGAAGCACACAGGCCCGGGCAUCUUGUCCAUGGCAAAUGCUGGGCCAAACACAAACGGGUCCCAGUUUUUCAUCUGCACUGCCAAGACUGAGUGGCUGGAUGGCAAGCACGUGGUCUUCGGGAAGGUGAAAGAGGGCAUGAACACGGUGGAGGCCAUGGAGCGCUUCGGGUCCAGGAACGGCAAGACCAGCAAGAUGAUCACCAUCACCGACUGUGGACAGCUCUAACGCGUGUGACUUGUGUGUGUUGCCACCGCCAGACCAGACCAUUCCUCUAGCUCAGGAGAGCACCCUUUGCCCUCCCUGCUCAAGACACCCCAUCAUCUCUGCUCUUCUUGCAGUUCUUUGGGUUCCAUGUUUUCCUUGCUCCCCUCCAAAUGUACCUGGAUUGCAGAGUUAAGUUUAUGGUUAUGAAUAAAGCUAAAUAAUGGUUGCCUCUUG